AUGGAAGAUGUAGGAUCAAGAACAGUCGUCGCGACAGCCACGGCAGCAGAAAAUCCUAGGAUUCCUCUAAUUACCUAUAACCACACGACUCUUCCAAGCAACACCUAUUCUUCCGAUCAAUCUCGUGAUCCAUCGCUCUCUAGCCGUCCUUCUUUGCCAUGGACCCCUUACUCUGACUCCUCGAUUGGGCUGGACAAGGACUCGAUCGAUGACCAUAAUUCACGAUUCUCGCAUGUGCACACUCCAGAAUCUUCCUGGGGGACGAGGCCACCAUCAGUAGACGAGGAAGCCAUGCGCUAUAAUCGAAGACGGCAGGGAAAGUUCAAGAUCCCUGAAGAACAGUUCAGCCCAAGCGACCGCUACAGACGUUCUCAUCGUGGACGCCGUGGUCGCCAUGCUCACGUCCGGCAUCGCCAACCGCCGCGUAACGAAAGAGGUAAUAGCCCAGAUACAGGAUGUCUACGAUUUUCCAAGCAUACCGAAAACCCAGCCGACAUAGUUCUAGAGCCUCAGCCAGACAAAUCCAAGGUUGUAAGUGACAACUUGACCAAGAAAACCAAGAAUAAUGGCACGACUUGGCGGCGUAUCAGUCAAGGCUUAGGACUCGGGAAAUCCAAAAAGAAAGAACAGAUAGAAGAACAACCACCUGUUGAAGCUGAGGAUGUACCGAAGAAAAAGAGCAAAUGGAAGUUCUGGGCCAAGCAGCCACCUACUGAUGAUGCUGAGUCUAGUGAGGCUCCCAAGACGUCAGACCCUAAUGACGAGGAACCUAUGUUUUCGGUCACCUCAGAUUCAAGACCAAGCUUACUGGAAGCGCAUGAGGAAGCACCUAUUUCUGUUCACCUACAUGCUGUAAUGAGACGAGUAUCCCAAGGGGAGUGA